AUGCAGUCCAACACGUACGACAACACGGCCAACACGGGCGCCUACUCGACCGGCGCACCGGGCUCGACCACCACCAGGGGCGCCGGCUACGACUCGACCGCCACCCCGGGCUACGGCAGCAACACGACGACCGGCUCGCACUACCCGCUCUCGUCCUCCAACGACCCGUACGGCAACACCACGUCGUCCUCGAACACGACGGGCGUUGGAGCCGCCGCCAAGCACCCGAUCGCCGCCGCCACCCACCCGUCGCACCCUGUCGCCGCCGCCGAGCAGAAGGAGGCGUUCGGCGCCAACACGCACGGCGCCCACUCGACCACGACGGGCCACUCGUCCGGGGGCCUGAUGGGCUCGUCGGACGCGCACUCGCGCUCGCACACGGGCCCGCACACGGGCACCCACACGGGCUCGACCGGCCUCGGCUCGGGCGCGACUACGGGCGGCGCGUACGGCUCGUCGACGGGCGCGCACACGGGCGUGACCGGCCACGAGGCUGGCGCCGCCGCCCACCACCCGGUCGCCGCCGCGUCGCACCCGACGCACCCGGGCACGGCCGCCGAGAUCAAGGAGGCGCAGCACGGCCACGGCGCGCACGGCGCUCACGGCUCGCACGGCCACCACGGCGCGCACGACUCGACGACGACGGCGACGGGCCAGAAGCCGAGCGCGAUGGACAAGGUCGCCGGCGGCGUCGAGUCGCUCAUCGGCAAGGUCACCAAGAACCCGGCCAAGGUCGAGGAGGGCCAGAUCCGCGCCAACGAGGGCAAGGUUGCCGCCGAGGCGCACUCGACGACGGGCGCGACGACCGGCACGACCGGCACCGCCGGCCGCACCUACUGAGCGGUCGUCGACGCUCGGUCCUCUUCCCCUCUCUCCCUCUUUCUCCUCCACGCUUGAGCCUCCCCCUCUCGCCUUGUACAUCCCUCUCGUCCCUCGUCCUCCUCGCUUCGCUUGAGCAGUCUGAAACGCAGUGCCUUUCUCCUCUCCUCU